AUGACAGGAAACAUAGCUCAUCUCACUCUAGCAUUUGGCCUUCUUGGCAAUUCCGUCUCCUUCAUGGUAUUUCUUGCACCAAUACUGACGUUUUAUAAAGUUUAUAAAAAGAAAUCAACUGAAGGAUUUCAGUCGGUACCUUAUGUGGUGGGCUUAUUCAGUUCCAUGCUUUGGAUAUAUUAUGCAUUGCUGAAGAGCAAUGUCAUGCUUCUCAUCACCAUUAACUCAGUCGGUUGCUUCAUUGAAACCUUGUACAUAUGUUUCUAUCUAUUCUAUGCACCAAAGAAGGCUAGGAUGGAGAGUUUAAAGCUAAUUGUAUUGCUAAUAGUUGUUGGGUUCGGAUUGAUUGUUGUACUAACUCAAUUCCUUGCAAGUGGAGUCACCCGCCGGGUGAUAGUUGGAUGGAUUUGCCUUGUGUUUUCUUUAUGUGUUUUUGUAGCACCUUUGGGAGUUCUGCGACAAGUGAUUAGAACAAAAAGUGUAGAGUACAUGCCAAUUCUACUAUCAGUAGCACUCACCCUCAGUGCCGUCAUGUGGUUUUUUUAUGGUCUACUUCUUGGUGACUUCAAUAUUGCGAUUCCAAAUGUGCUAGGAUUCAUCUUCGGUAUAAUUCAAAUCAUACUAUAUUUUGUAUAUAAAAACAAGAAACCCAUCACCAAUGAAAAGAUAUCCAGUUUUGAAGAAAAAAUCAUUGAAAUGGAGGCACAUAAAGUCCCAAAAACAGAAGAUCAUAAAAUCGUCGAUAUCAUGAAGUUGGAUGCUUUAAUGCAUUACGAUAUAUUUCCAGGCAUUGGAAUAAUGAACAAAAACAAAGAUGUCCUUGAUCACAUGCAUGUUCAACCUCAAACUUUGCAAAAUCACGAUAUUGAAGUUAGCACAUGA